UACACGAGCCAGCCUUUUCCUUUCUUGGUUUUGAGCUUCUCUCUUACUACUCUUCUCCAUAAAAUGGCAGAUUUUCAUCGUCAUCCCUUACUGCUUCUUCAAGGACCUCCUCUGUCCAAUGUUAAACCCCCACGUGUCUCCUCUCUCGAUGUUUUUCGUGGCCUCUGCGUCUUCCUGAUGAUGCUGGUUGAUUAUGGAGGCUCCAUAUUUCCAAUAAUAGCUCAUACGCCCUGGAAUGGCCUUCACUUGGCAGAUUUUGUUAUGCCCUUCUUUCUUUUCAUUGCUGGUGUUUCUCUUGCUCUUGUCUAUAAGAAAGUACCUAACCAAGUAGAUGCAACAAGGAAAGCAGUUGUUAGGGCAGUAAAACUGUUCCUUCUCGGUGUUUUUCUUCAAGGUGGUUAUUUUCAUGGGAUUAAUUCCUUGACUUAUGGUGUUGACAUUGAAAGAAUACGCUGGCUUGGCAUUCUGCAGAGAAUAUCUAUUGGAUACAUUGCUGCGGCUUUAUGUGAGAUUUGGCUUUCACGUCGAGUCCAGACGCAGAGAGAAGUAGGUUUCUUCAAGAAUUAUUAUUUGCAUUGGAUUGUGGCAUUUUCAUUGACUGCAAUUUACUUGGGAUUAUUAUAUGGGAUAUAUGUUCCAGAUUGGGAAUUUGAAGUGUCCAACACAGCUUCUUCUGUGCUUCCAACCAAUGGCAGCAGUGUUUAUUUGGUCAAAUGUUCAGUGAGAGGUGAUCUUGGACCUGCAUGCAAUUCAGCUGCAAUGAUUGAUCGCUACAUUCUUGGUAUUGAUCACCUAUAUACGAAACCUGUUCACAGAAACCUGAAGGAAUGUAACAUGACAAAAGGCCACGUUUCAGAGGAUUCGCCUUCGUGGUGCCAUGCGCCUUUUGAUCCUGAAGGACUUCUAAGCUCCUUAACAGCUGCAAUAACCAGCAUAAUUGGACUUCAAUGCGGGCACGUUCUUGCUCACAUACAGGAUCACAAGGGGCGUAUUGAAAGCUGGUCCUUAUUCUCAGCUUCACUUCUUCUUCUUGGGUCGAUCCUUGCCAUCAUAGGCAUCCCUGUGAAUAAAUCUCUGUAUACGAUUAGCUAUAUGCUAAUUACUUCUUCUUUAGCAGGAAUCACUUUUUGUGCUUUAUACUUGUUGGUAGAUGUAUAUGGUUACCGAUACGUGACAUUACCAUUAGAGUGGAUAGGAAAACAUUCUUUAAGUAUAUUUAUUCUCGUAACUUCAAACGUAGCUAUUAUCGCCAUUCAAGGAUUUUACUUGAAGAAACCUGAAAACAACAUAAUUCAUUCGAUUGUUUCGUUCUUCAUACAACGAUGAUUAUUAUAUCACGGUUGGUUAGCACAGGUUGAAGUAUCUUCAGGUUUUGCAGUUACAAGUGGCAAGAGGAGAAAAAGAUAUGAAAGCUAUUGUUUAAGCAGAGUUGAGGUUUGAAUCAUCACUCUGCAAUGCCAUUAUUGCAACACAGAUUUGAACAAAAAAGCUUACGCAAGAAGUGUGAUCCAAAUGAUACUCUGAAGGCUACUGAUUCACAAGAUUGCUAGUAUUCUCUGCAAAAUCAUGUAGUUAUAACUUGAAUCUUGGCUAGCUCCUUUAAUUUACCUCUAAUCUAUUCUUAUAUAGUGUAUGCAUACACUUAAGUUAUAACUGAAUUGCUAUCCCUACCAUUAUCUA